CGGCUCCGCCUCCGCCCCAGUUCCUGUUUCGGCCUGUGCUGUCCUGUUGCGGUCCCUCGGGCUCCCAGUAGACGCCAGCCGCUCCUCCGCCCCGGGCCUCCUUUCUCUGGGAGCCCGCCUGCGCAUCUCUGCUCGCCCCACCGGGGGAUGGGGCCGCCCCCCGGCCCGGGCCGGCCCUCCUGCAGACUCCGAGGCGACCUGGCCCCGCCGUGACCGCUCUGCAGUCUGGCGCCGCGGCCCCCAGCAUGAAGGGCGGCGAGGGGGACACGGGCGAACAGGCCCCGCUGAACCCGGAGGCCGAGAGCCCCGCGGGCUCGGCCACGUACGGAGAGUUCGUGCACCGCGGCUACUUGGACCUCAUGGGGGCCAGUCAGCACUCCCUGCGGGCGCUCAGCUGGCGCCGCCUUUACCUCAGCCGGGCCAAGCUCAAAGCCUCCAGCCGCACGUCUGCCCUGCUCUCGGGCUUCGCCAUGGUGGCCAUGGUGGAGGUACAGCUGGAGAACAACUACCAAUACCCGCCAGGCCUGCUGGUGGCCUUCAGUGCCUGCACCACUGUGCUGGUGGCGGUUCACCUCUUUGCCCUCAUGGUCUCCACGUGUCUGCUGCCCCACAUUGAAGCUGUCAGCAACAUCCACAACCUCAACUCUGUCCACCAGUCUCCACACCAGCGACUCCACCGCUAUGUGGAGCUGGCCUGGGGCUUCUCCACUGCCCUGGGCACCUUCCUCUUCCUUGCUGAAGUUGUCCUGGUGGGCUGGGUCAAGUUCGUGCCCAUUGGGGCCCCCGUGGGCACGCCUGCCCCCGUGGUACCACCCUCCCACGUGCCUGGGACUCUGCCACCCGUGGCCACCUCCCUUAGUCCCGCUUCCAAGCCAUCCUCUGCUCCUGUGACCCCGCCACAGGCUGAGACGUCUGAGGCCUGCCCACCCCGGCAGGUCUGUGGCGGCGGGGCCCAUGGACCAGGCUGGCAAGCAGCCAUGGCCUCCACAGCAAUCAUGGUACCCGUAGGGCUUGUGUUUGUGGCUUUUGCUCUGCAUUUCUACCGCUCCCUGGUGGCACACAAGACAGACCGCCACAUGCAGGAGCUAGAGGAGCUGAGUCGCCUGCAGGGGGAGCUGCAGGCUGUGUGAGGCUGGUAUGGCCACCUCUACAAACACUGCCUCCCUCCGGGUUCAACCACAGAUCCCAGGUCUGCCGACCGCUGCCCUGACUCUGCCUGGAGCCACUUCCUGAGGCCACUCUCAGGUAGAGACCAGAUUCCUGCCAGCAGGGUCCUGUGGGCGGGGCCUUGGAGCAGCUCCCACAUUCCAAGGGAUUCUCCCUGUCAGCUUGCUCCAUGGGCUUUGUAAGUUCUGCUCUAUACUGGCUUGGAGGAGCGAGUGAAAAGUGCUCAGUCCAGGCUCCUGGGAUAGGUGGAGGGGAGGCAGGGAGACCCUGGUCAGACCUUUGGUGCUGACCCUUAGCUACUUCUUGCCCCUAUACAAGACGUAGCAGUCCGGUAUAGGACACACCCUCCCAGCUGCCCAGAAGGCAGCAAACCCUGGCUUUUAUUAUUUUUGUAGAAUCUAUUUUGUGGUUACCAUUUAUUGGGAAGCUUUUUCCCAUCCCCAGAUUUUGAUGGGUUCCACACUCUUGCUGUAGCUGCUGUAGAGAGGGGUUUGGGCGUUUCUGCCCUGGCAUAGGUCCAGCCUCUCCUAGAAGGAGCCUCCCUGUUUUUGGAGGUUCAAGCGCCUGUCCAACUUCCCUAGACCCACACUGGAUGCUUCUAUAACUGGUUCUCACUCUUCUGUGCCAGGAUUGGGGGUGGAGGGCACGGGGGUCUUUGGAGACCGAGGGCCUGUGAGCCCCAGACUGACUGCCUUAUCAAGGGUUGGGGUGAGGUUUUAAAGGAGAAGGUCCAGCCCCUCCCGAGCCUUUGGUAUCCUGACACUGAAUUUUUGAUGCACCUUGUUUUGUAUAAUAAAUUGUAUUUCACAGA